CAAUCAAACCACAAGAAGCAUUUUCUCUCUCUCUCUCUCUCUCAGGGGUAUAGUUUCCCUCUCUAGGAAUUCUUUCCAGAUGCUCAGUUCUUCAACUUGAAAUUAAAGAAGUUGAAAUUAGGGGGGGUUGUGGUGUGGUUUUUUGAUCCUGUGUGUUGAUUAAUGGAGAUACCAAAGAAGAAGAUGAGGGAGGAGACUUUUUUGGAGGCCUUCUCUCCCAUAUCUUCUACUCCUGUUUUCUGGAAGUCUCGCAAAAGAUCAGCUAGCAUUCGUAAUGUAGACAUGCCAACAAACGAUACCACUGGUCAAAAGCAGGUAGAAUCUCCCACUGAAGAAAAGAAACAGGAUUUGGCAACAGCACUUGAAAAACAGAAAGAAUCUCCAACUGAAGGGGAGAAGCAAGAUUCAGCUAUGGCUGCUGCUCUUUCUGAGCGGCGAAAGGCUCUAUUUGAACCUUUGGAACCCGUAAUCAAUGUAAAUGGUAAGCGACCAUCGGCUGAGAGCUUACUCCCACCACCAGACUUCGACGCUGCAAGCUAUCCACGAGGCUGGCUAAUUGGGAAGAAGCGAAAGCUUGUGAAUGUGGAUGUCGUAGAGAGUAUGCGGAGGAUUGCCAUACAGGAAAUGAACAGAAAGGACAGGGAGAUUGAUGGCCUAAAUGAGCAGUUAGAAGAGGAUGCACGAUGCCUAGAACGCCUGCAACUCCAGCUCCUAGAAGAACGAAGCAAGCGCUCCAAUGUAGAGAGAGACAAUGCAAUGCUGCAAAACCAAAUAAACAUGCUGAUGAACAUGUUACAGGAGAACGAGACAAUGGAUGAAGGUGGCGCAGAAGAACCAUGAUUGUUACUCGUGUGUCGUUUGUUUAUUCUUUUGUAUAUGUGUUUGGGGAGUAGGAAAGUGUAGAAUUAUGCACAUAGGCCAGUGAGAUGCCUACAUCAGUAUAUUUUGUGUUGCUGCAAGUGUACCUUUCAAUGUGUUGGUUGCUUGUACUCAAGUUAUUCUCAUAUUAAUAUACAUGGAUUCAAAAUAAUAAUAGUUGUAUUAAAUUAA